AUGCGUGUCUCCUCAUCGACAGCCAGGCUGGCGGCCGCCCUGUCUGCCUUGCUCCCGGCACGGGCUCUCGCAAUACCUGGAGAUGCCACGUUCACUAACGGCAACCUAGCCAGCGGCACAUGCUCCUUCUCCAGCUAUAGCUUCCCGCCCGGUAUCUACGGCUCAGGACUCGGCCCCGCGAACUGGGCAGGAGGCGCCAAGUGUGGUGCAUGCCUCCAGGUCACAGGCCCCAGGGGCAGCACCAAGGUGAUGAUUGUUGACAGCUGUCCGUCGUGCAGCGGCAGUCGUCUCAACCUCUUCUCGGACGCCUUCAAGCUCAUUGGCGACCCCAGUGAUGGCGUCAUCCCCAUCAACUAUGACCCUAUUUCGUGCGGGAUCGCGAAGCCCCUGAGACUGCGGAACAAAUCUGGAACGUCGAAGUGGUACUUUUCCCUCCAAGUGCUUGACGCCAACUACCCGGUCACGGCUCUCGACGUCAGUACAGAUAACGGACAGUCAUGGAAGUCGACGAUACGCAAGGAGUAUAACUACUUUGAGCGGGAAGGGUCUGCUGGGUUCGAAAAAGACUUUGUCCAUGUCCGCAUCAGCUGCUCCAACGGCCGCCAGGUCAUCAUCCCCAACGUCAGCGCCGCCAACGAGGCUAAAACCGAAGCACCUGUAAACUGCUAAGAAGAACAGAGGGAAGGGGCUCUCCUAAUAUUUGUAGCGGCCUGUUACGGCUAUUUAAAACAAGCCAGCUUUCGAAAUUCAC